GAGGACGCGAUCGCAUCCAUGGGCUCCUGCCAGCUUCUCACAUCUUUGGUCCUCUCCAUGUGCUGUCAUGUGCUGUCCACUACCGCAUGGUCUGUGAAUAACUUUCUGAUGACAGGACCCAAGGCAUAUCUUACUUAUUCAAGCAGUGUGCAAGCGGGCGCACAGCGAGGCAUCGAGGAGUGCAAACACCAGUUCGCAUGGGACAGGUGGAACUGUCCAGAGAGCGAGCUGCAGUUAUCAACACAUAAAGGACUGCGGAGUGCUACCAAAGAGACCGCUUUUUUGCAUGCCAUUAGUGCGGCCGGAGUGAUGUAUACACUGACCAAGAACUGCAGCAUGGGAGACUUCGAUAACUGUGGCUGCGACGACUCGAAGGCUGGGAAAAUGGGAGGUCGAGGUUGGAUUUGGGGCGGCUGCAGUGACAAUGUUAACUUUGGGGAAAACAUUUCCAAGCAGUUCGUGGACGCCCUGGAAAAUGGCCACGAUUCACGAGCUGCUGUGAACUUACACAACAACGAGGCGGGGAGACUUGCCAUCAAGGCCACGAUGAAGAGGUCCUGCAAGUGCCACGGCGUGUCCGGCAGCUGCAGCAUUCAGACCUGCUGGAUGCAGCUCUCUGACUUCAGGGACGUGGGCAACUAUCUGAAGAUCAAGUACGACCAUGCGCAGAAGCUGGAGAUGGACAAGAGGAGGAUGAGAGCGGGCAACAGCGCGGACAACCGCGGCACCAUCGCGGACACUUUCAGCAGCAUUGCGCCCGCGGAGCUCGUCCACUUAGAAGACUCUCCCAACUACUGCGUGAGGAACCUGAGCCUGGGGCUGCACGGCACGGAGGGCAGAGAGUGUCUGCAGGGCGGAAAGAACCUGUCGCAGUGGGAGAAGCGGAGCUGCAGGAGGCUGUGCCACGAAUGCGGCCUUAAAGUGGAGGAGAGGAGGAUUGAGACGGUCAGCAGCUGCAACUGCAAGUUCCACUGGUGCUGCACGGUGAAGUGCGAGAAAUGCACGCAAGUCGUGACCAAAUACUUUUGCACAAAGAAGAACAAAAGCAGUCGGCCACAAAGUUCGCGGAGGAGACAUCGCGUGCGCAACCGUUAG